AUGAAAGGUUAUGGAUAUCGUAUAAAUUUUAGAUCUGGGAGUGUUUUAAUUACAAAAUAAAAUUUUGGAGAUAGAAAUAUUCUCAUAAAAUAUAUUUUGCAGAAAAUUAGAAAAAGUAAGAAAGAUGAUAUGUAAUUGAAUAAAUUCUAAUUAAAUAGAAUUGGAUAGAAUUAAAUAAAACAAAUAUGGAAAAUAGAAAUUGAAAGAAUAGAUAGAUGUUAAUUUUAAAUCAUAAGACUAGAAUGAAUUGAAUUAAACAAAUUACUAAAGUAUAAAUAACAUAAAUGCAUCAUUAUCAAAUGAAAUAGUAUAAAUUAUUGUUCAGAAUUAAUAACCUCAAUAAAAUCAAAUUAAAGAAGCAUAAAAAUUAUAAAAUAAUUAAGCUUAUUAGAAUGAAUCUUAAAAUUCAGAUUAUUAUUAUAAUAAAGGUUUAAAUAAAUUGAUAAUUAAUAGCUAACAUUUUAGUUGAUUAAAAUAGAUGUGAAGAAGCAUUACAAUUUUACGAUUUAGCAAUUAAAAAAGAUCCCAAUAAUUCGACAUAUUACAAUGAAAAAUGUAAAAAUUAAAAUUAAUAGUAUUUAGCAAUUGCUUUAAAAUAAUUGUUAAGGUUUGAAGAAGCACUAUAGUGUAAUAAUGAUUCCAUCAAAAACAAUCCUGAAAAUCCAGAUUAUUACAACAAUAAAGGUAAAUUAAAUUCUAUUAUAUUUAAAGCAAAUACUUUAAUAGAAUUAAAUGAUUAUAAAGCAGCAUUAAAAUAUUUUGAUUAAGCUAUUAAAAGAAAUCCUUAAAAUGCUGGAUACUAUUAUAAUAAAGGUAUCAAAUAAAUGUAUUAUGAUUAGCAAUUACUCUACAUGAAAUGAAUCGUUUAUAAGAAGCUUUAGAGUAUUAUGAUUAUGCAAUUAAAAAAGAUCCAAAUAAUGCAGAUUAUUAUAACAACAAAGGUAAAAUUCUAUAAUUAUACUACAGCAAGUGUUCUACACGACUUAGACCGUUUUGAUGAGGCAUUACAAUAUUAUGAUUAUGCAAUAAAAAAGGAUUCAAACAAUCCAGAUUAUUAUAACAAUAAAGGUAACCAUUGAUUCAUUUAUUCUAAUGCAGCAAACACUUUAGCCUAAAUUGAAAGAUUUGAUGAAGCAUUAUAAUAUUAUGAAAAAGCUAUAUAAAUAGAUCCCGAAAAUCCAGAAUAUUAUAAUAAUAAAGGUAUUUAAAUUAUUAAUAAGCUAAUACAUUACAUUAAUUUUAAGAUUAUGAUUAAGCAUUUAUAGUAGAGAAGGCUGCUAUUCAAAUGAAUCCAGAAAAAGAAAUUUAUUAUAAAGUUUAAAGUAAAAAUAAUAUAAUAUUUACAGCAAAUACUUUAUUAAAAUUGAAUAGAUUUGAAGAGGCUUUAGAACACUCUGAAUGUGCUAUUUAAAGAAAUCCUUAAAAUAGUGAUAAUUAUAAAUAAAAAGGUAAGAAAUAAGAGAAUUAUUUAUUAGGAUUUACUUUACAUUUAAUGAAUCGUUUUAAUGAAGCUUUAGAGAACUAUGAUAAGGCCAUUUAAAAAAAUCCUGAAAAUGCUGAAUAGUAUUAUUAUUAGGGUAAUUUGAAACAAAUAUCAUAGCACAUACUUUAUUAUAUAUGAACCGUUAUGAAGAAGCAUUAGAAAAUUUCCACAAUGCUAUUUAAAGAGACCCUGAAAAUUCUUUUUCAUAUUAUUAUAAAGGUAAAAUGAAAAAAUAACCUAGCUAUUGCUUUACACUAAUUGUAACGUUAUGAAGAAGCAAUAGAAUAUUAUGAUUAUAGUAUUUAGAAAAAUCCUAAAGAAUCUAUUAAGUAUUUCUCUAAAUGUAUAAUUAAUAAUUAUUGAUUAGCAAUUACGUUAGUGGAAAUGAAUCGCUUUGAAGAAGCAUUACAAAAUUCUAAUUUAGCCAUUCAAAAAGAUCCUUAAAAAUCUGAUUAUUAUUUAUAGAAAGGUACAAAUUAUCAAAAUUAAUUUAUUAGCAUCAGUUUUAUUAAAAUUAAACCGUGAGGAAGAAGCAUUAAAAGAGUUUGAUAAUGCGAUAUCAUACGACCCUGAAAAUCCUAUUUAUUAUAAUGAUAAAGGCAUCCAUUGUUAUUUCAUUAUAAAUAGCUUUUGCUUUAAACGAAUUAAAUAGAAUGGAUGAAGCAUUAGAACAUUAUGAAUUAGCUAUUUCAAAAGAUCCAGAAAAUCCAGAAUAUUUCAAUAAUAAAGGUAUAUAAUAAAUAGGAAUUAUUUUUGCAGCAUAGGUGUUAUUCAAACUGAAUCGGUUAGAAGAAGCAUUAGAGUAUUAUAAUUACGCUAUUUAAAUAAAUUCUGAUAAUCCUGAAUAUUAUUAUAAUAAAUGUAAAUAUCAAAUAAAUAUUAAUUUAAUAGCAAUCGUUUUAUAAAAAUUGUUACUUUUUUAAGAAUCUUUGGAAUCAAUUGAUAUUGCUAUUCAGAAAAAUCCAGAAAAUCCAUUAUUUUUUAAUCGAAAAGGUAUUAUAUAAAAUAAGCAUAUGUUUCAGGAUGUGCUUUAAUCAAACUGAAUCGAUUAGAAGAAGCCUUAGAAUUUUUUGAUUAUGCAAUAUAGAGAAUACCUUAAAAUGGUGCAUUUUAUUAUAAUAAAGGUAAAAUAUAUGAUGAUUAUUAAUCAGCAAUUGUUCUAUAAGAACUAAAUCAAUUAGAAGAAGCAUUAAAAUAUUAUGAUUAUGCAAUUGAGAAAGAUUCUAAAAAUGCAGAUUAUUAUAAUAAUAAAGGUAUCAAUCAAAUGAAUUAUUGUACAGCAAUUACUUUAAAUAAACUAAAAUAAUUUCAACAAGCCUUAGAAUAAUUUGAUUAUGCAAUUAGUUUUAAUGCUGAAAAUCCAGAUCAGUAUCAUAAUAAAGGUAAUAUUUAAUAUGUAAUCUUAUAGCAAAUGUGUUAGUUGAAUAAAACAGAGAUGAAGAAGCAUUGAAAUUUUAUGAUAUAGCUAUAGAGAAGAAUCCUGAAAAUCCAGAAUAUUAUAAUAAUAAAGGUAAAUCAAAUUCAUUUAUUAAUAGCAAAUACUUUAAUCAAAUUAAAUCGAAAUGAGGAAGCAUUGAAAUAUUUUGAUUUAGCUAUAGAGAAGAAUCCUGAAAAUCCAGAGUAUUAUCAUAAUAAAGGUAAAUAUAUCUUAUAAAAUUUAAUGAAAGCUAAUACUUUAAUAUAUUUGCAAAGAUUUGAAGAAGCAUUAACUUAUUUUGGCUAUGCAAUUUAAAGAGAUCAUGAUAAUGCAAAAUUUUAUAAUAAUAAAGGUAGAAUUAAAUUUCAUUUGAUUAGCAUUUGUUCUAACAAAAAUGGAAUUGUUUGAAGAAGCAUUAGAAUGUUUUGACUUAGCUAUCUAAAAAAAUCCUGAAUCUUAUCAAUACUAUUAUAAUAAAGGUAAAAAUUGAACAUAUAACUUUGAAUAGCAUUAACAUUACAUUAAAUAAAUCGUUAGGAAGAAGCCUUAAACUUUUAUGAUUGGGCGAUUUAAAUAAACCCCAAUUUUUCAGAUCUUUAUUAUUUUAAAGGUAUAUAAAAUUCUAAAAUAGCAAAUGCACUAGUUGAAUUGAAACGUAUUGAUGAAGCAUAAGCAUAAUAUGAUAUUGCAAUAUAGAAAAAUCCUGAAAAUGAAGAUUAUUAAAAACAAAAAGGUAUUUUAAAUAAUUUUAUUAGAAAAUUUAACUUUGAAUAAUCAAAAUGAAAAUACAAACCAAAAUAAUCUCCAACUUCUAAAUCAAUUUUUAAUGAAUUCUAAUUAUUAAAGCUUAAAUCCUCAUAGUAGUUGA